AUGCGAUCUAUCUAUCUAUCUAUCUAUCAUCUAAUCUAUCAUUAUCUAUCUAUCAUCUAUUCAUUAUCAUCUAUCUAUUCAUUCAUCUAUCUAUCUAUUCAUCGUUCUGUUCAUAUCUAUCUAUCUAUCUAUCAUCUAUCUAUCUAUCUAUAUAUCUAUCAUCUUAUAAUCAUCUAUCUAUCAUCUAUCUAUCUAUUCAUCUAUCUAUCUAUCUCGUUCUGUUCAUAUCUAUCUAUCUAUCUAUCUAUCUAUCUAUCUAUCUAUCUAUCUAUCCCAGUCAUCUUCAUCCCAUUCAUUCAUUAUUCAUUCAUUCAUCUAUCUAUCUAUCUAUCUAUCUAUCUAUCUAUCUAUCUAUUCUGUUCAUCUAUCUAUCUAUCAUCUAUCAUUCUAUCUAUUAUCUAUCUAUCUUCAUUAUCUAUCUAUCUAUCUAUCUAUCUAUCUAUUCAUCUAUCUAUCUAUCUAUCUAUCUAUGUCUGUUCAGAUCUUUUCUAUCUAUCUAUCUAUCUAUCUAUCUAUCUAUCUAUCUAUGUUCUUUUCUAG